GUCGCUGAACGAAGCCUCCUCUCCUGCAUCGAGCGAAGCCUGAUUUUCGUCUCUUCCCGGAGGCUCGCUUGUGCCUUUCAGCUCUCCGUUUUCGCCGUUAAACAGCCAACUGGUGCAAAGUUAAAAAGAUAUUUUCGGCUGGAGCUUACGGCCGCUUCCCUUUGCACAUUAGCUACCUUGUUUGGUUUUCGGCUAAUCUGGUCAACGAGGUUCGGCUGUGAUGGCUGACUUCAGCAGCAGGGUCAUGACGUCUUCUGAGCACCCGGCGGUGGGAGGGGGAGCCUUGGGAAAGGCGACGUCGUCCGCGGUCGUGGCGGGAAACGGAAACUGGGACGGCGCGGGCGGGAUGGACGGGAUAACAGUGGUGAGGAUAGAUGACACCCACAUCGCAGAGGAGCAGUCCCACGUCGGGGGGAAGGUUAAAGACGAUGCUGCGGAGUACUACGAGGUGGAGUACUCGAUGCCUGCGGAGGAGGAGGCGGCGGGAGAGGAAGAGGAGGACAGCGUCUAUGUUAUUGAGUAUUCGAAUCCCGAGGAGGAGGGAGAGAGUUACCAGUUUACGAUGUCUGUAGAUAGGUCGCUCCCGGCCAAAAAGCCGAACAUCGAUAGUCCGGUGGUCCGAGAGAACGCCCGAGCCCCUUCGCCGGCGAUGCCCAAACCGUCCAGACCAUCGAGGCCGAGACAAGAGGUGAGGCAGAAGAGGAAGAUCGCGGAGGAGGAGGUGGUCAAGGAGGAGGAAAUCAUGAGCAACAAGAGCGUGUUAGAGCUCGGAGAGGACUACAGCGACGUGAUGGGCUCGGGUAAGAGGCAGCUGUUUUGCUCGAUGUGCCCGCCGCCCGGCCGCUUCUUCAAGAGAGCGUCGGGUCUGGCCGUACAUUUAAAACAGAUGCACCACAUGGACGGGAAGAAGACCUUCUUCUGCACCUCCUGCAAGCAGACGGUGCGCACCCAGAUCGAACUGGACGCGCACACGCGGCGCCACGCCAACCAGGAAGCCGUCUUCACCUGCCUCCUCUGCUCGGCGGAGACAAAAGAUAACACGGAGGCGGAGAAGACCGGGUUCAAGGGGUCGAGGUGGGGCCUGAGGAGACACCUGGAGAAGGAGCACCCGGGCGUCAUCCCCCGCUGCGACAUCUGUAAUAAAGGCUUCAAGUCGCUGGUGUCGUACCUCGCCGAUCAGUUCAGGCACGUCGGAGUGUCGCCGUUCUACUGCGCCAAGUGUCAGAUCUACGAAAUGACCGAGAGGGGUCUGAGCGUGCACAUCAAAAACCACGACAAGAAGAAGAAGAAGCAGAAGCAGCAGCAGGAGGAGAUGACGACGACGACGACAACGACGACGACGGCGGCGGCGGCUGAAAACCACCUGCCGACGUUGGGAGUCUCCACCAGCGCUGACAACUCCGCCACAGACGACUCCGACUUCUGACCCUCCAGUGGUUUUAGACUAAAGCAGCACCAGCUCAGUGACCUCCUCUUUGCCAGACUGACGUCUGACAUUUAUGCAUCUUUGACUGGUCUGAACUGAACUUUGGACGAGAACCCGAUUGGUUAUAGAUUCGACCUCCGUGUCAGAGAGAACCGAGCUUUUAUUCGGGCCGGGCUUCAAAACUUCCUCCACGUUCACCUGUUGUCGUGGUAAAUUUAGAAUAACGUCCAUUUCCGGAAGUGCAGCAGAGAGUCAUGUCAGGUGUUGACGAAUGCAACUCCACGUUUCCUGCAGAAUUUUCACAUUAAAUGACUUGCAGCCUUCCCUUUCUUAGGGGGCUUUUAAUGUGAAAAAAACAUCAGGAAUAUUCAGUGGCUCAACACGGAUCAGGAGACGACACGACUGGAAUUAAUUAGGAGAUGAUUUUUUUUUUUUUUUGAAACAAAUAGAGAGAGAGA